AUGAGUGAAGGCCUGCUACUUAGUACUGAAGCUUUAUCCUGGAUGUCGGAAGUGGGCAACAUUACUGUGGGUCUAUCUGAGGGCUUGAUCCUGCAGCCUGCCUGGGAUUACCUCUACCAAAACCACCAUGACCUCCUGAGGAGCCCUCUCUUCCCUGUGGUCCUCUCCAUCACAACCUAUUUUCUUCUGGUAGGCGUUUACACUGUGCUGGACCUGUUGGCUCCCACCUGGCCCUGCAUCAACCGCUACAGGCUACACCCGCAGAGGCCAGUCACCUGGGAUAACGUUUGGAUUACAUUAGCUGUCACUCUUUACAACCACCUUCUUUACGUCUUUCCUGCUGCAGUAUCCCAGUGGCUGUGGAGACCACCUACGCCUCUUCCUCGUGAUGCACCUACUCUCUGGGGGUUCUUGCUGGGGAUCCUGGGUUGUACGGUGGUCUUUGACUUCCAGUAUUACGUCUGGCACCUGUUGCACCACAGGGUUCCCUGGUUAUACCGAACCUUCCAUGCAGUACACCACCAGUACAGUCAGCCGUUCAGCCUGGUCACCCAGUACAUGUCUGGGUGGGAACUAUUCAGUGUUGGGUUUUGGGUCACGGUAGACCCCAUCCUGCUUCAGUGCCACUGCCUCACGACAUGGGGCUUCAUGGUCUUCAACGUCUAUAUUUCCACAGAAGACCACUGUGGCUACGACUUUCCAUGGUCAACACACCACCUGGUGCCUUUUGGCCUCUGGGGUGGUACACCUAAGCACGAUACACACCACCAACGCCCUGGAACUAAUUUUGCCCCUUUCUUCUCCCAUUGGGACUGGUUAGGGGGCACAAAUAUGACGCCGACUUCCUCCAGUACUGCUGCAACUGCAGAUCCGGAAGACAUGAAGGGGAAGAAAAACUAA